CGUUGCCGGUCAGUCGGCCGUGGUUCGUCUCACGGCCCGCACCGGCAACGUUGCUCGCGCGGCACGGCAGGCCGCGGUCGCGCAGUGUGCGACACUCGUGCGGCAACACACCCAAUGUUUGUGUUUUGGAAUUUCUCGUGAUAAUAAAUCGCCAGGCGAGUGAGCGGAACGCGCGCACGGCAACCGGACGCGACGCCGUGGCAUGUAGCGCCGACCCAGCUCGCCGUCACCGUCGGCCGUCGAGAUGUGGACGACGACGAAAACCACCAAGUACGGCGUCGCUGUGUACAACUGGCGAGGGGACACGCGCUAUGGACUACCCCUGGAAAUCGGAGAAACCGUGCAGAUCCUGGAGGAGUGCGCGGGCUGGUUCAGAGGCUUCACCACGAAGAAUCGCGCGGUGAAAGGGAUCUUCCCGAGCUCCUACGUGCACCUGAAGCCUUGCAAGAUCGACAAUGAGGGCCUCUUCGAGUCGGUCAUACCGCUGGAGGAUCCGGUGGUCCGCGAAGUCACCCUCGUGCUGCGGGAGUGGGGCAGCAUCUGGAAGAGGCUGUACGUGGAGCGCGAGGAAUACAAAUUCAACGCGUUGCGCAAAGUGAUGCGAGAGUUGCUGGAAUGGCGGCGACUGCUUUUGGCCGGCACCCUCACCACCGAUAAGACGCGGGAGCUGAAGCUACGAGUAAUCAAUAAAGUGGACUGGGGGAAUCGGAAGCUCGGCCUGGACCUGGUGCCGCGUCAAGGUGCUCACAUGGUGGACCCGGAUACCAUGUCCGUAGUCGAAUUGUAUCAUGUGCACGUGCAGAGCGCCGAGAACUCGCAGGGCGCGUCGGCUCGCGGCACCCUGCGCCGCAAGGAGCACAAGAAGAUCCUUACCCACCACCUGCACUUCUGCAUGAGAGACUUCGGCCACUCGGUCGGCGAGGACACCGAGAUCUACUUCUCCUUGUUCGACGCCAAGCGGCUGCAGUACCUGAGCGAGCGCUUCCUCGUGCGCAUCUCCAAGGAGGGCUUCUCCAACUACGUGGAGAAGAUGCACAACAACUGCACCAUCUUCACGGAUCUCGGCAACUCCGACCUCAGCCGGGACCUCUACAUGAUCGCCCACGUGAUGCGCUGCGGCAGGAUGCUGUACUCCGACUCCGGCAAGAACAAGACCGGGACGGCUACCUACAGACGGCCUCACGGAGUCGCGGUGCUCUCCCUGGCGAUGCUGUCCUUGGCGGAGGCCGCGCAGGAUCACGCGGAGGAGCACGAGGUGACGUUCAAGGUGUACCAAGGUGAUGAGAAGGAGUUCCACCAGCUGCACGAGCAGAUCAUACGUAACAACAAGUGCUCGCCGCUACCCGGGCAGCCCAAUUACGGGAUAGUGGUGUCCCUUCGCAUCCUGCACGGCGAGCUGUCUCAGGUCCGCGAGGAGAACCCGUUGCUGUUCAAAAAUAUCUGCCUCACGAAGAAGCUCGGCUUCUCCGACGUCAUAAUGCCGGGCGACGUGCGUAACGACCUGUAUCUGAAGCUGGAGCGGGGUGAAUUCGAACGUGGCGGCAAGUCCACCGGCAAGAACAUCGAGGUGACGAUCUUGGUCCUGGAUGCGGACGGUCAACCGUUGGAGGGCUGCCUGUUCGGAGCCGCGGGGAUGGACGGUAGCUCCGAAUAUCAGAGUUUGGUCAUAUAUCAUCACAACAGCCCGUCGUGGGCGGAAACCGUGAGACUGGCGAUACCCAUCGACAAGUUCUACGGGAGCCACGUGCGUUUCGAGUUUCGACACUGUUCGACGCGCGAGAAGAACGACAAGAAGCUCUUCUCCUUCGCGUUCGUGCGGCUGAUGGAGCCCGGAGGGGCUACUCUUCAGGAUGGUCCCCACGAGCUGUACAUUUACAAAUGCGAGGAACGUGCGAAAUUGGAUUCGCUGAGUUAUCUGUCGUUGCCGAGCAGCGCGAGAGAGCCGAGCGCCUCAGGUCCGCCGGCUUUCUCCAGAUCGCCCAAGGAAGCCGUGUUCGUGCACACUUUGCUGUGCAGCACCAAGCUGACGCAGAACGUCGACCUGCUGAGCCUGCUGCAAUGGAAGGCUCAUCCGGAGCGCAUAUCCGAGGCGCUGAGUCGCGUACUUCGAUUGGACGGCGAAGAGCUGGUGAAGUUCCUCCAGGACAUCCUCGACGCGCUGUUCUCCAUGUUUCACACCGAGGACGGUAAUUCAACGGCGCACUCGGGACUGGUGUUCCAAGUGCUCGUCUCCAUCUUCAGCCUGCUGGAGGACUCCAAGUUCGAGCACUUCAAGCCGGUGAUGGACGCGUACAUCUCCGACCACUUCGCCGCCGCUCUGGUGUACAAGGGCCUCCUCAGCAGCGUGCAGCACUGCGCCGAUUGGGUGACUGCGGCGGAGAAGCAAGAGCCGAUCAUAAAGUGCUUCCGUUCGCUCGAGUACAUCUUCAAGUUCAUCAUUCAGAGCCGACUGCUGUUCGCUCGGGCGACUGCCGGCCAAUACGAGGAUAGCUUCAAGCGCGACCUGUACUGCGUGUUCGCGGCCCUCAACAAGAUGCUGUGCAUCCCGUAUGAGAUGGUGCUGAUGUCGCAGAUCGCGCUGCUGCUGUCGAUCGCGGCGGUGUUCGAGCAGCUGGUGGCGGUGCUGCCGGUGCUCGAGGUGGCCAAACUCACCUGCACGAUGUUGGACUCGCUGCCGCGGGAGUCGUCGCCGCAGCUCACGCAGGCCAAGCUGGUGGCCAUCAAGAAUCUCACCUCGUCCAGCCUAUUUCGUGAGGACGACGAGAGCAGGAAUCUGCUGCUCGGCACUGUGUGCAAACAUCUGCGUUUACACUUGGCACGUAGGGAAGAGCUGCGCUCUUGCACGGAUAUCUUGGGCGAAAUACUCAGCUUCCUGCACAAGCGCGGCAGGGACACGAACAAGGUCAAUAAUUGCAUCCACCACGACGUUGAAACGCUCUGCCUGUCCGUGCUCGACAUGCUCAUACAGACCAUACAGAUCGUGAUCAAGGCUAGCGGCCCGGUUCUCGGCUGCUUAGUGGCCUGUUUGAUCGGAUUGCUUCAGCUUCUCGACGAGUAUCAUUACACGCGGCUCUGGGAAGAAUUGACGCACGCAGGCGAGCGGAAGCCGCUCAAGGACUUCCUGCUCAAGGUGUUCGAGGUGUUGGGUGAGCUCGUGCGCCAGGAGGUCUUCCCUCCGGACUGGCUGGUCAUCAGGAUGCAGGCCAACAACGUGAUCCUGAGGUCGCUGCAGGAGCUUGCGCAGCCGCUCGCUUUCCGUUUCCUUCAUGGCGGUUUCGACUCGCAGCUCUGGUCAACAUAUUUCAACCUGGCGGUGGCUUACCUCACCCAGCCGUCGCUUCAACUCGAGCAGUUCUCCGAAGUGAAGAGGGAGAAGAUCGUGGAGAAGUACGGCGACAUGAGGGUCCUCAUGGGUUUUCAGAUACUAUCCAUGUGGUCGCACUUGGGCGAGCGUAAACUCGAGUUUAUACCCGGCAUGGUCGGGCCCUUCCUCGAGGUCACUCUGGUGCCUGAGAGCGAGCUCCGCAAGGCGACUCUGCAUAUCUUCUUCGACAUGAUGGAAUGCGAGCAGCGAGCCCGCGGGAGUUUCAAAUUGGUGGAGUCCGAGCUGAUCGACAAACUGGACAUUCUUAUCAGCGAAAACAAGGGCGACGACGAGUACAGACAGCUGUUUAACACUAUGGAACACCUUAGCGCCGUAUUACUGGACAGGGUGCAGUCCGAGGAUCCAGCCUGGAAGGACAGUGGGACUGCCUUCAUAACGUCCAUCACGCGUUUGUUGGAGAGACUUCUCGAUUACAGGAGCGUGAUCCAGGGCGACGAGAACCGCGACAAGCGUAUGUCGUGCACCGUCAAUCUGUUGAACUUCUACAAGAACGAGUUCAACCGGAAGGAGAUGUACCUGCGCUACAUCUACAAGCUGCACGACCUGCACCUGGCCGCCGAGAAUUAUACGGAAGCCGGCUUCACGAUGAAGCUCUAUGCUGACCAGUUGGACUGGGGAUCCACAAUGCUGCCACCCGAUCACGCCCAUCCUCAGCAGCCGGAGUGGCAGCGCAAGGAGCUGCUUUACCACAAGAUCAUUCACUAUCUCGACCGCGGCAAGUGCUGGGAGAAGGGUAUCCCUCUGUGCAAGGAACUGGCGGAGCUUUACGAGACCAGGCUGUACGACUACGCCAAGCUCAGCCACGUGUUGAAGUUGCAGGCCACGUUCUUGGAUAAUAUCCUCACGCAGCUGCGCCCUGAACCGGAGUAUUUUCGCGUUGGAUUUUACGGUCUCAGCUUUCCGCUUUUCGUCCGAAACAAGUUAUUCAUCUAUCGCGGUCUGGAGUACGAACGGAUAGGAGCGUUCACGCAACGCCUGCAGACCGAGUUCCCCUGUGCUCAGAUACUGAUGAAGAACUCCCCGCCAGAUGAGAGCAUCCUUACCUCCGAGGGUCAAUACAUUCAGAUCUGCAAUGUGAAGCCGAUCCCCGAAGAAGGCAGCUUAGCUUGCAGCGGCGCGGAGGUACCAGAGCGCGUGGUCGCCUUCUACCUGGUGAACGACGUGCGCAGGUUCACAUUCGACCGGCCCCUUCAUCGCGGCCCGGUGGACCGUGAGAACGAAUUCAAGUCGCUCUGGAUCGAGAGGACAACGCUGACGACAGAAGCACGACUGCCGGGCAUUCUGCGGUGGUUCGAGGUGAUCGAGAAACGGUCCGAGCUACUGGCGCCGGUGCAGUACGCCUGUGAGACCAUGCAGAGCGUAGAGAAAGAGUUGAGAAGACUAGUCACGCAGUACAGAGCCGAGCCGCACAGGAACAUCAACCCCUUCAGCAUGCGGCUGCAGGGUAUCAUCGACGCCAACGUAAUGGGCGGCAUCACCAAGUACCAAGAAGCCUUCCUCACGCCGGAGUUCGCCUGGCAGAACCCCGAAAUGGUGCCGCACGUGAACAGACUGAAGAGCCUAAUUCUGGACCAGAUGAACGUCCUGGAGUCCGGCCUGGUGUUGCACGGCCAGAUCGCGCCGGACGGGGUACAGCCGCUGCAUAAGAGGCUGAUUGAGAGAUUCACGCAACUCAAGCAAGGCCUUGGUCCUCUGGCCAGGCAGAGGACCAUUCAUCAAGAUAGCAUUGUCAAUUCGCCACUGCCACCCCUGCCAAUCAACGACAAGCAGCGUCCGGCCACUUUGGAGACCGCCGGUUCCAGAGCGUCGCACGCCGACAGCGACGGUCUGCCGGAGGACGAAGGCUUUUACACUAGAGUGGACGGCGCACCGCCUCCUAUUCCACAACGAGAGGUUCGCCCACGUUCCGUGGGCUAUGGCUCCACACCGCCGAGACCCACACAUCAGAGAUCCCUCAGCAAACCGCUGAGUCCGAAGCUGCCGCUGAGGCAUUCUCUGCCGACUCCUACCGACGGCGUGGACCAAAGCGGCCUUAGAAGCUCCUGGAGCGAGCCCGGACCCGAGCCCGCUCCGCCAUUACCACCUAGAGGCUGCACGCUUCUUGUUUCAGCGCCGGACAAGAGAGACUCCAACGCGAACACGAACACGAACACGGUCGUGCCACCGGCGCCGCCGAAACGUCUAGCACACAAACGCAACACAGAGUGGAGCACAGACGACGACUCUGAGAUGCAGAACGAGCCGAACGAUCUGCGCGACAGCGGCAUCUCCACCGCCAGCCUGCUGGACUUCCAGUCGCACUUGACGAACUUGAACAACCUCGGCUACGAGGACUUUGAGCCGCGCUCCAGGUGCAACGACAUCAUGAACAUCUCGCCGCCUUCUGUGAUAAGCGCGCUGAACGUCUCCACUGGUAACUUUGCCAGCGGCACAUUCCAGGGUUCGCAUUCUCUUCCGGGCCAAGAGCAGGUGAGCCCUCCGCCAAUUCCUCCCAAGGCCCACCAGGACACUCCCUCGGCCCCUUCGACCUUGGAGAGAGUAUCCAACCGGGCGCAGACUCACGGCCAUUCGGAGAAUUAUUCCGUGCCGAAGAUGCAGACCCUCUCCGUGGCGUCCGACACGGAGAGCACCGUGUAGCGACGAUGUAUCUCCCUAGUCCUUAGCGAUUAAUCGUGAUGUGUAUGUGCCAUGGUCGGGCGCGAAUCUUGUAUUCGAUGCGUUCCAGUAUUGGGCGGAUUCUCUUAGACGGUAACUUAACGUAAGCGUAAGAGUGUCGUCAUCGUCGUCGUCAUCGUCAUCGUCAUCGUCAUCGUCAUCGUAUCUAAGAGGAGGAGAGCGCGGACUCGGGUCUGCCGUUGUAGAAGUCUCUGACAUCCGCACGCCAUUCCGUACGUAGCUGGUAGCCGUAAGCGAAACAAACCGAACGUAAACGACCCGAAAUCGGAUCCUUCCGAGCGUAACACAAAGUGGAUUGCACGCGUACAUUCGUCGUAGGGAUAGGCGAUGUUGAAGAGAGGAAUCGACGUCCACAAGUAAAGGGUUGAAAGAUAAUCAAUUUCCGACAAUCGACUACAUUUCUGAGAUAUUCUAAGAGUCUUCAGUUGAUCUUUAAUCCCUUUACGUGUGAUUAUUUAAUAUCCUUAUACAAUUUAAUAUAUAAAUAAGUUAAUAAAAAGGUAUAUUUAUAUGUAUCUUUUUUUUUUAAACUUCGUCGCUGUAAUUUUUAUACAUUUUGACGGUUAAUUUGACGGAAAAUUUAUGUACAUAGAGAAGGACGGUUGAACAAAGUUCAAAGGAACUCUUUUCGCCCACGCCAAGUCCGAUAUGACUGACGGCUUUCAUUACCAUCACUUCGUAUGUUCAGUUGCAUUAUCGAGUAUGAUGAGAUAAGGUGAAGGUAACUCGAACUCUUUAACAGAGAAAGAAUCAAACAUCGAUUUAUCGGUCAGACAUCGCUUAACUCUAAUUUAUACUUUCAUAAAGAAAGCAAAGGGGUGAAAGGGAGGAAGAAACAGCAGGCGCGUAAUAAUCGCUCUUGAACACCGAGAACGUCCAGUGAGAUUGUUCUCGUCCGGAGCGAUUGCGAUCGGACUCCGGUUUGGACGUGACCGGCGAUCGAAUCGCGAUGCGCACUUGUCGAUAUCGAUGUUACGUUGAAAACGUCGCUCUUCCAAGUAUAUCAAUCCACACACACAACACACACACACACAUACACUCUAUAUUUUGUAAUUUAUUUAUAUUUUCAAUGAGAAUAAAGGUAAUUUUUAUCAACGA